AUGUUUCGUCAAACAUAUCAAUUAGGUCUUUUAUCUAUUCUUUCAAGUCAUGGAUCAAAACCAUUUGAAACUUGGAUAUGUAAAGCAUCAAAUGGUUAUAUUAAACGAAUUACAGAUGAAGAUACGAAUUCACUUGUACUUGAACUUAUUUCAAGUAAUGUUAGUUCAACUUAUGUAACAUGUCCAUGUUAUCCUUAUAAUUCACUUGGUAUUAAAAUGCAAUAUUUAAAUUUAUAUAUAAAAAAUUUACGACGUUAUUUUGUUAUGGAAAUUGAAGUAUUAGAUAGUCAAAAAAUGCAUCGUCGUUUUAAAAUUUCAACAUUUGCAACGAAAACAAAAAUAGGUCCAUUUGGUACUCAUUCACCAUUAAAUUGGAUUGAAGGUUGGAAUCGUUUAACACUUAAUCUUGAAUCAUUUACGAAAACUGUUUAUGGAACAAAUUAUGUUGAAUGUCGACGAAUAACUGAAUAUAAAGAAGAAGAAUUACCUUUAGAUUAUCAAAUUCGAUGUCGUAUUGAUCGAUCUAAACGUCCUGCACCUGUACGACGUAUGCCUACAUCAAAAACUGAUCAAAAUCAAACGAAAAAAAUUUUUUCAACACCAUCAAAAUUAACACAAGUACAAAAUAAUUUAAUCGAUAAUACGAAAAAACAAAUCGAAAAUCAAUUUACAACUAUUAAAGAAAUAGCAAGUAAUGAACGAAUGAUUAAUGUACCACAAGGUUCAAUUGCAUCGGAUAUUCAACAAGUUGAAGACUUAAAUGAUAAUGAUAUUGAACAAAUCGAUAAUCAACAAUCGAUUGUUGAUGAUAUUAAUAAUCUUAAUCUUGAUACUGAUGAGAAAUCUUUUGAUGACAUUAAUAUGUCAUCUAAUGCUUAUCGACAACAAUUUUUCGAUUUAUUUCAUUAA